AUUUACUGGUAUACAACUGUACUCUAUCGUUCUUGUAGAAACUAUUUGUUGCUGUCUGUAUAAAUCGAAGUGAAUAAAAGGCGAAAUAUUAAAUAAAAGUUAUUUUAGAGAUAAUUUAUACAAAAAAAGAACAAUGCAAAUAAUUUAGUGAUGGGCUAAUUUAUGAAAAGUGUAUAAUAUGUAGAAGUGUAAAUCUCUUUACAAAUCGACAAAUUACUUAUUUGAAAUUGGUGAAUUUAUGAAUUGUAAAUACAAAUACCUGAAAAGCUAAGAUCGCGGCAGCUAUAUAAGUAUAUGCAUAGAAAUUUUUAUAUAGAUAUUAAUACAAUAAUAUGAAAAGGCAAAAUGUUCGUACGCUAUCCUUGGUCGUUUGUACGUUUACAUAUUUGCUUAUUGGUGCGGCUGUUUUCGACUCACUGGAAUCACACACAGAAGCGAAGAGAUGGGAUUUUCUGCAAGGUUGGCAUUCCGUUGGGCCUUGUCAUGUUCCAGUCGAUUGGAGAACGUUUAAAUAAGUUCGCUUCAGUAAUAAUACGACGAGCGAAACGUUAUAUGCACUGCACUCAAACCGAGGCAACUGAAAUGAAUUUAAUGUUAGCGACGGGUAUGCUAUCGUCCAUCAUUAUAACCACUGGCGCAGCAGUCUUUUCACGCUAUGAGGGCUGGAGUUAUUUCGACAGUUUCUAUUACUGCUUUGUGACGCUUACAACCAUCGGAUUCGGUGACUAUGUGGCGUUGCAAAACGAUCAGGCGCUGAUCAAUAAACCCGGCUAUGUUGCGCUCAGUUUGGUGUUUAUUCUAUUUGGACUUGCGGUAGUCGCUGCCAGUAUCAAUCUGCUGGUUCUUCGCUUCAUGACCAUGCAAGCCGAAGAUGCAAAACGUAACGAACAGGAUGCUCAAGAAGCCGCGGCAACUGCUUUCUCUCAUCAACAACUAGCCUACGACGUCGAAUCCAGUAAUUUCAAUAUGCAUGGUAAAAUGUUACUGAACUCAAAUUAUACGACAGACUUCGAUGAAACUUUAUCAAUUUGUUCAUGCACGUGCCUUGGGGGUACAAAGUGUCUAAAUCAUGAACCAUUUGUUGAUCCCGAUUUUCGACCUACUGAUAUCGUUGAGAGUACGCUGAGUUUGAAGCGUGCAUCGGUUUGAUAUAUGGCAACAAAAUAAUAAUGUUUUAUUGAACAAUGUUAAUUGUCAUAUGUAGAAAAGCUAAUAGACAGAUGUACAUAGGGCAUUAAUUAAGGUUGAAAAAUUAUAUGAUUAUGACAAGGUUAAGUUAACAAUUUUGUUUAACUCCAGUUAUUAUUAUUUUUCCUAAACGGUUGCCCUCCUCUUGCCCAUUAGAGUAUUACUUGAUUAUAAAAUAUAUAAUGCAUUGCAAUCUAAUCUAAGCUAGAUAUGUAAGUCAUGAACGCAGCAGUGGCGACUGCCCGAAACUAUAAUAUACUGAACGAAUUUUCAUGAAACCUUAUACAACACAUGUUGCAACUCAUUAACUCUCUUACAUAUACACAAAAGUUUCAAAUAGUUUCGGAAAUACGAUCUAAUGUAACUCAUAGGAACAGAAAAUUUGAAAAACACUAGGGGAAUUCUCUUGCUUUUGCAAGAUUGCAGUUUGCAAAAAUCCUAUACCGAAAUAUACAAGGGCACGAGAGCACCCAUUGCAGAAUCUAGUGAUAUAUGAACGACUGAUUCGGUCAAUUUAUUGUAAAUGACUAUUGUGCAUGGCUAUUGUGAAUUGGCGCACCUUCUGCAUUCAUUGUUAACAAAAAACGGUAGCAAAUCUUUGUAAUUUAACACUAGAACUACCCAGACCGUCAUUUUGACGGUUUACAAAUUAUAUGCUUAAAAAUUUGAUUAUUAUUUAUAUAAUUGUUCCAGAGUUUUAUUGCGACUUUUAAUAAAAUAUAAGAACAGUUAAUUAUUACUAUUCAAUUUCCCCUCAUCGACUUUAAUUUCCAUAAUCAGUAUGACCUAUAUAUACCUAUACCUAUACCUAUAUACCUAUUUUUACCAAGACCCGUCAAAAUGACGGUUAUAAUAAUUUAUAUAUCAUCUAUGCAAUGAUGGACAUCAAUACAUACAUAUGUAUAUAUACAUAUAGUACGUUCAUUACAUCGCCUCCAGACAUUUUAUACUGAAAAAUCCAAAGUGUGCGGAAGACGUUAUAACGCUGUUAGUUUAGAACUAAAAACUCUAAAAACAGAGCGACUUAUACUUACAAUGCAUGCAACAAAUAUGUUUGUGGCAAGUGUUCAACUAAUAUAACAUGCACAUGUAAAAUAUGUGCCUCAUUCAAAUAGAAACUGUUUUUGUUUUUUUUUUAUAAAUAAUUAAUGAAUUAUUAUAUUAAAUGUUGUUAUUGCUAAAUUGUAUUCUUUUAUUUACUUAAACUAACUCAAAAGUUACUAUAAAAGCUAUAAUCAAAAAUCCGUCAAUUUGACGGGUGCGGUAAAACUAGGUAUGUAUGUAUAUAUUUAACAUCGGUAGUUCUAGUGUUAAAUAUAAAUUAUAAAAUCUAUUUAAAAUUUACCUUCCUCAAAAAUGUAACGUCAAAAUAUGUAUUUCAGUAAAAUAACAGCUAGCACAGGGUUGCAAUUAUUUUUUUACGUGUCAUUGCACGAAAAUAAACAUGGAAUUUAGUCUGACAUAUUUUACAGCCAUUGGAAAUAAUUUUCUGCGUGUGUUUGUUGUUGUGCCGGUCAGGAGGAAAUAUCUGCAAUUCGUGCACCGUGCAAGGGUUUUGCAAGAGCAAGAGUAUACCCCUACUAUGUAACGUGUUAUCUGCAUACAUAUUAAAGGUUAGAUAUGCAUAUGUAUGUUUUGUUUACAUUACUCAGAGUCCGCAAUUAGAAUAGUUUAGUUGUUGAAUCUGCAUGAAACAAAACUCAGUUUACAGAAUACUGACAAGUGAUACCUUUUUGGCGGGCAUACAACAACAGACAGGAAAUAUGUACGCUAAUCUUAAUAUCGGUUUGUCAUUCGUAAGCAUAGUUCGAAAAUCAUAAAUCGGACGAAGCCAAAAAUUAUUGUAUAACCACAAAACGUUCGUAAAGUUCGAUAGAAGAAAUCUGAAUGUCUGGUCUUAUAGAAUUGAAUAUACUCAAGAAUAGAAUGGAAAGAUUAUCCUUUGAAUAUUCUCUGUGGUUUUUAUGCAAUUUGAUUUCGAUUUAUUUUAUUAUACUUCCCGUCAUUUCAAUAUGAACUUUAACAAAUUAGGCAGGACUAUGAUCGGUCCUAAGUCUCAAUGGCUACAAUCAUAUUUCGUAGUUUCAUUAUUAUAUCGUCUCCGUCCCAACUAAACGGCUAAACUUAUGCAGUGAAUCAAUAGCUCUAUUAACACACUUCGUAUGUUGUACUUGAAUAAUUUUUUUUUACAAUAUACAACUCCAUACACACGCGCAAUGACCAGACAUUAAAUUUACUAAACAUAUCUGGGUCUUAUCGGAAACAUCGAAUUUCAUCAAAAGAGUCCCUAAACACUGCCUUAUCGACGGAGUGGGAUAAAAUAUCCGGAAAUGACACCAGCAAUUUAGUGAGGAGUACGCGUCUACUUCUGGAAGACAUUAUUGUAACAAAAGAAGGGGCCACAGGGCAUAAAGCAUCGUAAAAUCAUAAAUUUUUAUAUUAGUUUAAAAAAUUUGUUGUUGGAUUGCAUACUAAAAUAAGUUUACGCGAAUACAACUCUGAACGCUAUGUUUUCGUUAUAACUUUAUGAGACUAUGUGAAACCCCUAAAUAUAUAAAUAAAUAAUAUUA